CAAAUGGCAGUCUGCCCUAUCAGAGAGAAAUAACAUGACACAAGUCAUCGGUCAAAAUAUGUACAAAGGUAACUCACGAACUCCUUCAAGAGCAAUGUGGCUGUGGUACAAAGAGUACGAAGAUUAUUCGUUCUACAAUAUGUCUUGCAAAACGCCAUUCUCAAAGUACAAGUGUGGGCAUUUCACACAAAUGCUUUGGGGCGAUACUACAGAAAUAGGUUGCGCAAGAAGAAGUUACUGCUUUCCUUUGGAAAAGACGCAUGUUUUGGUCAGCUGCUUUUAUUUUACAGCUGGCAAUUAAGUUAUUUUUGGAUUUCCUAUAUUUCGUGUGGGCAAGCCUUGCACCAGAUGCAAAUCGUACGAUGGUAACCUCUGCCAUAAAAAUUUAUGCAUUGAAAAUAGCAUAUGCAAAAAAUAUAACUUGGACUGUUCUUGUAAAACAUCUUGCAAAAACUGUGUACGUCCCAAUCCGGCAACAUGUAGAUGCGAUUCUUGUAAAUCUGGAUGGGACUGGGAAGACUGUUCUUAUCCUUGCAAAAAUGAAGCAGAUGACUUUUCGGAAGAUCUGUGCCCUCUACUCAUCAAAAGCAAUGCAACUUGCAAAGAAUUAGUUCCAGGAAGGUGGUGUAGAAAGUUCUGUGGACUUUGCCCAAGAAUGGAAACUAAUCUGUCUAAUGAACUGUGCUGUAAUGGCAAAAUCUGCAAACAGUAUUACGUUUUAGAUGAAAAGACUUGCGAAUGCAUCUUGGACUGUCCCUCUCCACUUUGCUUGUAUCCAUCGAACGUGAAUACAAAUAAAUCAGUUGUCAUUCAAAAACAACCAUUCACAGGCAAGCCUUUAAUUGUUAAGGUUACAGAUGCUGCGACCAAAGACGCGGAAAUGGAUAUUGGAAAGAAAACUGAGCUAGAAUUUAGAAAUCGAACAUUGCGUAGAAUUCCUCCAUCUUCUGGUGGUAGCCAUCUGCGUUUUGAUAUUCUAAGAAUUAAUUACUUAUUUAUAAUAUUUUUUAUAUGAAAAGUGUGCAUUUCUAAGAAUAAUGAACUUACAAAAUGUUGGUAGAUUGUUUUUAAGUUAAGUUUACUGUUUAAGAUAAUGUAUUUAUGAACUAAUAUUUUAACU